AGCCGGCAUGGCGGCGGCGGGCCAAGCGGCGCUGCAGAGGAGCAGGGUGGCGGCCCCGGCAGGGAGACACACGGCGUCUGUCCUCUUUCUCCACGGCUCAGGUGAUACCGGCCAAGGAGUAAAAGACUGGAUCAAGCAAGUUUUGAAUCAGGAUUUGUCUUUCCAACAUAUAAAAGUCAUUUAUCCAACAGCUCCUACCAGACCGUAUACACCUAUGAGAGGAUCCUUGUCCAAUGUGUGGUUUGACAGAUAUAAGAUCUCUAACGAUUGCCCAGAACAUAUUGAAACAAUUGACUCGAUGUGUCAAGCACUUACGGGUUUGAUUGAUGACGAAGUUAAAAAUGGCAUCAGAAAGAACAGGAUACUCUUGGGUGGUUUUUCAAUGGGUGGAUGUAUGGCGAUGCACCUAGCCUAUAGGUAUCACCAAGACGUGGCUGGAGUGUUUGCUCUGUCAAGCUUCCUCAAUAAGAACUCAGUUGUUUACCAGGCACUGAAGAAGGAUGAAAGAGGACUCCCUGAGUUAUUUCAGUGUCACGGAACUGCUGAUGAGCUAGUUUUGUAUUCUUGGGGUGAGGAAACCAACAAGAUCUUAAAAUCCCUGGGAGUAACAACUACAUUUCUGAGUUUGCCAAACCUUUAUCACGAACUGAACAAAAGUGAGCUAGAAAAACUGCAAGCUUGGAUUUUGAAGAAACUGCCAGAAGAGCCCUGACUAAUGACUAAUAAUGGAUUUGAUCUGUAAAAAAUACCACUUCACGGGGAAGUUUCUGUGUUCCAUUACUUUCACUCUUGUAAUAUGAGCAUUUCCUAUUAAUAGAAACACAUUUCCCCAAAAAAAUAAUCAAAUGAGAAUAUUAAACACUCUUGAAAAUAUA